CCAAAUUACCAAAAUGUUUUUUUUUUCCAAACCAAGAAAACACAAAAAGUUAAUUUCAGCGUUUUCAAACUUUGCCGUUGAGUCGCGAACUGAGCCCCGCGGUUUUCAUAAAUUUUUUGUUCGUAAACGAAUCAGAAUCAAUGGCAGUUUCAAUCCAUAUAAAUAUAAAUGGUAGAAAAAAUCAGAGUAUUCUUCACGGCAAAAAUUUAAACUCGCAUCCUCAGAGAGACGGAUUCCAAAUCGAUCCAAUUCCGGUAGGAGCUCAAGAUUUUCCUGGAGUAGGAAAAUAAAGAACAUAUAAGACUUGGUUUUGGUUUUCGACUAUGGAAAUGGAUAGCGCUGAUAUGAGGGUUCGACUAUCUGCGUUAUGGAACAUCAUUGGUCUAAAGCGAGGCCUAAAAGAGGACAGAAUUCCUUGCCAAAUUGAAGAGGGUCUAUACUUGGGUUCUGUUGGAGCUGCCCAUAACAAGGACCAGCUGAAGAAAUUGAAUAUCACUCAUAUUUUGACCAUUGCUUGUUCUUUGCCACCUGCAGAUCCAAAUGAUUUUGUAUAUAAAGUGGUUGGUGUCUUGGACACCAGAGAUGCAGAUAUUAAACGGCACUUUGAAGAUUGUUUCAAUUUUAUCGACGAAGCAAGAAAAUCGGGAGGAGGCGUCUUGGUUCAUUGUUUUGCUGGAAUAUCCAGAAGUGUAACCAUUACAGUUGCCUAUCUGAUGAAAAAGCGCGGCAUGAAUCUAGCUCAAGCGUUGGAACACGUCAAGAGUAGGCGACCGAAGGCAGCUCCGAAUGUCGGUUUCAUGGUCCAACUCAAGGACUUCGAAAUGGCUCUUCAAGCAAGCAAAGAGGAACAGAAGUUAUCAAAUGUUUGAGCCCUUAGAAGCUGCAGAAAAGUUCCAUUUCCACAGAAUCAGGUAAAGCUCUCGAGAUACCAUAGAGCUUUAUGAUUUUCUUUUUCGUUCCCAUAAAAAAUAAAUUAUAAUGGCUGAAUAUAGGAAUUUAUAUUAAAUAUGACUUUCUUACACAUAAUUAUUACUAAAUGUUUGAAAAAGAAAAAUACAGUUUCAUCUACUUAGAUUUUGUUUUUCUUUUAUAAAGAAUAUUUCAUCACAAGUGACAAAGUUGUGCUUACGAUCCUCUGGGAGUGAGAAAGUUCGUAAUCACAUAGUAAUACUGUUAGGUUAGGAAUUUUUAUUUAUUUUUUUAAUUUUUAGGUUAGCAAACUUAAUUGAGUAAUGAAACAAAUUCUCUUCAAAGCCAAGUUUUAAAAAAAUUCUACAAACUAAUCAAUAAUCAUCUAAAAUCAAGCAUAAUAAAUACCCAAAAAACUAGCAACAAGAUGUGCAAAACCAGCUAUAAUAACAUAGAGUUCAAACCACAAAAUCAAGUAGCUAAAAAAAUCUUACAACUUGGCCCCAUAAUUAAAUAUGGGCAUCAUCCACAAAAUCAAUUUCCAACAUGGCUAUAAAAGGUAGGCGUUGUAAAUAGUUGCCAACACGAGUAUAAUUCAACCAAUCAAGAUAUUGAUAACCUCUUCAUAAGUUAGUGGUUCAAAUCUCUAUUCUUGAUUUCAAUGGUAAUAUUAUUCUAAAGUGGUAAUAACAAUAAUAGUCAUAUUUAAUGAGGCGUACCAAAAACUUAAGAUUUUUUUUAAUACUGUAAAAAAUUUAUUGUAGAUAAUAACAUAAGCGGUAAAUAAGUUAGGUUGAAAUUGACAAAUAAAAUAGAAAUUAUAUAGUAUAUGAUAAAUGAUUAGAAGAGUGACAAAAUUCAUGGUGAAUAAUAACCAAAAGUGUUAAAACAAUAACUGUGAGCUCUCUUUUUAUUUAUUUAUUUAAUAUUUAGCAAAGGAAUUAGGAGCUUAAUUUAUGAAUGACCAUUUAUGCCAUAUAUAAUAUCCUUUUCAAUAGUUUCCCAUUCUAAAUACUCAACUCUAGCCACGAAUCAGACAACAAAUGGUGGCAGUGGGCUGUGAUCAGGCCCAUAAUGAAAUGAGUUUCUCUUUUAAAUGGGCCUAUAAGUUUAUGGAUUUUGCUCAUCAGCCCCAUAGUAAUCCACUGAAGAGCCCAAAUUCACUUUUUUAUCGGCCCAUUAGCAGACACAGAGGUAGAGUCUGGACUUGGACUCUCCUUCCAAUUGGUUUUUUCCCCUCCCUUUGCAAGGACUUCUUUCAGAAUUACUCACUUUGACUUUUAAGUAAAUAUCAUGUUUUCAGUAACUAUUAAAUAGGGAACAAAUUAUUGAAAGUGUUAUUUACAAA